AUGGCCCUCCCUUCUAACUCUGUGGAAGAAGAUGUCUUCAGUUGGGUUGUUGAUGGGAAAAAGUGCAAUGGUUUUUCAGCCGCUCAUACGUGGAGUUCGCUCAGACCAUGUCAACCGACCAAAAGCUGGUUCAAUUCGAUCUGGUUUAAGGGAGCAAUCCCUAAGCACGCUUUUCUUAUGUGGAUUGCUCAACUCAACAGGCUUCCAACUCGUAUUAGACUUGCUUCUUGGGGUAUGUCUGUACCUACUGACUGUUGUUUAUGUUCUGCAGUAGCUGAGAACAGAGAUCAUCUGUUUCUCACUUGUGACUACAGCUCUGAAAUUUGGAGAUCAAUCCAGUCGCGUCUGAAUCUCCGACAUCAUUUUUUCCUCUCUUGGGAUGAGCUUCUCUCUUGGAUGAGAACAUCGACAAAAAGCGCUCCUAAAAUCCUUAGAAAAAUAUCAGCGCAUGCUGCAAUUUACUGCUUAUGGAGACAACGCAAUAAUGUCCUUCAUAACCUUCAGUCUAUCCCAGCUGCUUCCAUAUUCAAGGAAAUUGACAAACUGGUUAGAAACAUCAUUACGACAAGACGACAGAGGAAAUACUUCGGCGUUAUGAUGCCUCUUUGGCUCAAAUGA